AUGGUAACAAGCAUAGUUCCAGAAGAUAUCAAAGCUUACAUAAAGAAGAAAUUCUUGCGGGAUGCUCGGCAGUACUAUUGGGAUGAACCUUAUUUGUUCCGAACAUGCGCUAACAACAUCAUUUGGCGUUGUGUUCCUGAAAGUGAAGUGAUGGCGAUUCUAAAGGCGUGCCAUGACUCUCCGUCGGGGGUCAUCAUAGUGAGGCAAGGGAAUAUAGGCAGAAGGCAAGAGAUGCUUAUGAAUUUUGUUAUGAAGGUAGAAGUGUUCGAUGUCUGGGGACCCUUUGUGAGUUCGGGUGGCAUGAAAUACAUCUUGGUUGCUGUGGAUUAUGUGUCAAAAUGGGUAGAAGCGGUGGCUUUACCUAAUAACAAGGCCAAGAGCAUUAUGGGGUUCCUCAAGAAGAACAUAUUUACUCGCUUUGGUACUCAGAGGGCUAUAAUCGGCGAUGGUGGAUCCCACUUUUGUAAUAGAGCCUUCGUAGGAUUGAUGGAGAAAUAUGGU